ACAGAGGUGACGUGUCUCUUCUGUUCUCUGGGGGUCCGUCCUUUGAACACAGGGGUCUGGUGACCCUCUUCACUAACACUGAAAAUACAUAGAGUGUGACGGGGAGAAUCACAGGAGAACAGAUUGGAUCAUAUUUUGGAGCAUCUUUAAGUUUGUUAGAUGUCGACUUGGAUGGAAACACAGAUUUUCUCCUUGUCGGAGCGCCAUUAUUUUACCAGCCUCAUCCGAGGAGAGAAGGAUUUAUGUACGUUUACGCUUUAACGGAGCAGUUAAUUCUGCAGCAGAUUCUCACUGUGAGUGAGUCAAUAACAGGCAGGUUUGCUGCGUCGUUGGCAUCACUAAAGGACCUGAAUGGAGACAGUGUGCCAGAUGUAGCUGUUGGGGCACCGCUAGAGGAUGAAUGGGGAGUUGUUUACAUUUACCUCGGUGAGAGGAAACAUGGCGCCCACCCGACACGCUCUCCUCAGGUCAGAGGAACACAAGCUGACCAAAACUAACCAGAAGAUCAAACUUUGGAUUCCAGCAUGGUCGGUUCUUCCUGGGAUCCAUCAGUUUGGAGUGUCUCUAUCAGGUCAGAUGGACAUGAGCGAUGAUAAUCUGACUGAUAUUGUAGUCGGAGCUCAAGGAGCGAUCGUACUGCUGAAAGCUUGGCCAGUGAUGUCUGUAUCUUCACAACUGAGUUUCAACCCCAGUGAAAUCAGUCUAAAUGACCUUGAAUGUCCGAGUGCCGAUGUGUUUCUCGCAUUUAACCUCACUUCUUGUUUCAAUGUGACGGAGAGGACCAUUAGCAUAGACUACAGUGAAUGUGGAGUUUUUCAUUGCACCCAGUCGAGGGCUGAUUGUCGGCACAAGUGCAGUGGCCGGAGUUAUCUUAUGCUUUAUUACAGUAGUGAUGCUGUUAAAGUGUGGAUUUUUUAAAUGAAAGCAUCCUCUGGAGAUUUUUACAGAAUGUCAGUGUUCGGUUUGUAGAAUUCACCACAUUUGAAGAGGACAGCACCGGUCCAGAUCACUAACCAGUGGUCCAGCCACUCCAAACACACGGGAUACAUGAAAUCUCUCACUUUAAAAAAACAAACAAAUAUCAACACUAGGGGCACUAUUUUAAGAGUGCUAAAUGCAGCGCUAUGCAAUAAAUUAUAAGCGCAAAGUCAGUGCGCAUGGCCAUGAAGUUUCUGAAUUUUAGUGCAAGCAUGCACUAAGUGUUGGCGCAAGUGGGUUUGGCGUAAUUGCACGUGCAAAGCGCUAAUGGAAGUGCAAUUUAAUCCUGAGGUUCUUCAAUUCCAUCAUCUGUAUCCUAUUAUUUAGUUUAUUCCCUGCCAUGCACCAGCAAUAUAAACAAAGACAGCACAUUUAUAAGAAGUUGAAAGUGUAAAUAGAAAGAAUAGAAUAGAAAUAUGGACUUACGUUCUUUAAUACACAUGGAGAAUGCGAUUCUUGUCAGGAUUUGGAUGUAUGCUCCAUUAAAUUAUAGAGAAUGUAAGUAUUAUGAAUCAUUUUCAUCUACUGACUCAAGAAUCAUGGCUAGUGUUAACUGAUUGUAACUGGUUUGGCUGAGGAUCGAGGGAUCGUUUUUUGCACGCACUUCACUUCUACUAGUCGAUUUUGCUUUAAAUUAAAUUCAUUUAUUGAAACACGAAAAACUUAAACCAAAUAUAUUUCUAAAUUCAAAUAACACAAAAAUAUAAUCAAAAUAAUGAAGUUAUUAUAUAUAUAUAAUCCUCUCCAACUUUUCCUCCAGCUCAAACUACCAAUACAAAUGAGUAAAUAUAAUACAAUUGUAAAUAUAAACAUAAUAAUAAUAAUAAUAAUAAUAAUAAUAAUUGAAAAAUAAACCAUGACGUCUAAAAUUUUCACACAAAUCUCAUACAUUUUUGUUUCAUAAAACGGCUACAACUCAUCAUCAGUGACAUAAUUUGAUGUUCCAGCAUAUUUUCAGAGUUUGGACGUGAACUUUAUCACCACUCACCGGUGGAAUCUCCAAACUGCAAAUGCAGGAACUGAGUUUAGACUUUGCGAUGAAAACAGACGUGCUUGUCAAACGUCUUGGCACAAUGACCUAUUUCUCAGGAAAAUAGGAAAACUUCAUUAACAUAUAACACACCCACAGUUUGUGCACAUACACACACAGAUAGCGCAAACACUCCUACCCAUGCCCACUUGCGCUUUGCGCUGGCACGAAAUAGCAAUUAGAAUUAGUGCACAGUUGACGCACGUUGCGCUGUGCUUUGCACACUUAUGAAAAUAGAGCCCUAGAUAUUAACAAAAGCCACUGAAAGCAAAUGACGGUGAUUUAUUUGUUUUUCGAUGCACACCAUCUCAGAACUGAAGUCUUUCCUUUUUUUCUUUUAAUUAUGUUGGCUUGAAAAAGUCAACAUACUGUUAUUCUACAGAUUUGGUUUAGGGGUUUUCCAGAAUCUUGAAACAGAAACCAAAAUUUCCAAUUCUGAGUACUUUACCUAUCCAGUUUUUAAUUAUUAUUUAUUUUUAAAUGUGUUUUGUUAGACAGUCCUUACGUAUGGCAGAUUUAAUACUUCAUCUCUGGAACCUCAGUGCACUCUUCUGUUUAACAUCAGCUGGAUUUAAUCUGGUUUUAUCCAUCAUAAAUAUCCUUUAUGUGAAGGUAAUCUGGCUCAGCUCAGGCUACAAUCAUUCCCUUAGCAUCCCUGUUUUCUCUCGUAUAUAUUUGACUCAAUUGUAGAUGUCUCUGUAGGUUAUAUCAGCAUGAUGUCACAUCCGAUCCACUGUUGCUCAUAUGAACUGAUUCAGUCGGUAUGUUCUCAUGAUGUCCUACAAUCCUAUUGUGUCAGAAUUCUCUCUUCUUAUUGGCUGCUGGAGUUAAGGAACACUCUUUGGUUUGAAAUACUCAAAACUUUUCUCUCAACUCCAUCCUUUUCCUCUGUUAUUUAUACAGAAUAAUAAUAAUAUCAUUUAAGCAGAAUAACAUAACAACUGAUUUCAUAAUCUUGCUCUCUGGUAAUGAGUUUUUAAGCUAUAUAAAAAUAAUUUGCAUUGUAAUAUUUCCAUGUGUGUAAACGCAAAGUGCAAAUGUUACAAGUCUCCAGUUUGCUGCCCAACAAAAACACGUGUCUCUGUGUGAAAUAAAAUCUGUCUGAAGUCUGUUUCCAUGGUAAUCUGGUGAUCUCAUGAAUGAUUGUACAGGAUGUUAUGGGUUUGGUUUCCAAGCAUCGCAGUGCUUGUUCUACAGUCGUUUACUUGUCAUCAUUCCCAGAA